GGAAGAAGGGGAAGGAGGAACGGAAUGAGCAGAGGGCGAAGUGCCGAGCUCUGGGCUCUGUCUGCUCUGCUCUGCUCUCCUUCUGCGAGUGGCAGUGGCGAGGGAAUGGUCUGGCUCUCUGUCUGUCUGUCCGAAGAGGAGGAUCCAUCCGUUGGGAAUUAAAUUUUCGCAGUCGAUGGAAGAAGCAUCGCCGUAGCUGCUUGUUUGUUGCACGAGGAAGAAUUUGCCGAUUCCGCGAGCUGGAGGGGCUGGAGGAGGAGGAUGAUGAGGAUUGUAUUGUAAUCGGGGAGAAAAUGCACCGACGAUGGAUUCUGACAACGACAGACAGCAUGCUGGGUUGGGUUGGAUUGCGUGAAUUGAACUCGGUCGGAGCGAUUGGGCGCGGUGGAGGAGCAUGGUGAGAAGCUGACCGAGCGGUCUCCGGAGUUGUGGAGCUCUUUUCGAGUUUGAUGGGUGCUUUCUGAACCGUGAUGUGGAUCGGGAGCUCAUUUGGAAAGGGAGGUAGAGUGAGAUUGUGUGAUGCUAGAUUUGGGAGUUCUCAGACGAGAGAUUCGAGCUCCUUCUUCUUAGGUGGGUCGGUCUUCCGCUCUCGGCGCACGAGACAGCACGAUUCAAAGGAGCUCUUGUGGCGGAGAAGCAGCGCUGAUUGGAGCGCCGAUUCUUCACGGUUAUACGAAGACUGAUUGAGACUUCAAACUACUACGAAAUUGCACACAAUGGCGACGGCGACGACGAGAGCUCCACCAAUUCGAUCCACAUUCUUGUCGUCCACGGUCAAGGAAAACCGACCAGCAUGGUACGGUGGUUGCAGUCCGGGCCGACCCAACACGCUAUCCAGGACAGGAGGUCCGAAGCCUCUGGGAGAACACAAAUCGACUGGAAACUUGAAAACACCAUCCGAUGGCGCAGCUCCGAAAGCUGAGAAACCAGCAGUGAAAAAGAAUCCCAGCCCUCUGAAAUCCGCAGGUGCCACAGCAGCGAAAGUUCUGAAACAAGCUUCUCCUCGCUUGAGGCCGGCAUCUCCUCGGGUGACAGCCUCCACCAUCGCCACCACCGAUGACUCGAAAUCCGUAGCGCCUCCGGGGACGAGCAGGCCCAAGGUGACGACAGCUCCGGUGAAGAACGAGACCCCUCCGCCCUCCAGGCCGAAGAAACCCGCUUCAUCCCUCGUCACUCCGACCAGCAAAGGCCGAAAGCCUCUGGCCACUCUCGGCACUCCGACCAACCAAGGAAUCAAGGACAGAAGCCCGUGCGUGGACGAGACGCCCACGAGAAAAUUGAAAGAAAGGCCCAGUCGUUCAGGAGCAGGAGCAGCAGCAGCAGCAGCUCCGGAUGGAAGCAAGACGAGGGACAAGUCGCAGCCCUUUUCGGCAUGGGCCUACUCGGCGAGCAAGACUCGCCGAGGCUCGACUCCCGGCCGAGGAUCGACGCCCAACAGAGCACCUGUGAAGUCCAUGUUUCUGUCUCCGCAGGCCUCCAAGAAGAACGCCAUCAGAAAGGAGCCGCUGACGAAGAGCUCCGAGAGCGCACGGCACGGCAUUUGGAUCGGCCAAGUCCCGUCUCGCAAGCGCGGCGUGGAGAAACGAGAGGCGGAUGGCGAAAUGCCACCGCCUGCGCAGCCCGCGAAUUCCCCAGAGAUUCCCAAGAGGGGAUCGAGGGAAUUGUCCGGAGAAGGUAGAGGGUACUUCGGUGCAGGUCCCAUGGUGGCACCUGAAGGAUGCGGAGGGUUUGUGAGAGACCGACGCAAGUGUAAACCCCGGGGUACUCUUGUUGUCGGGAACGAGGGGCUGAGCAUGGACAGUGAUAGUAGCGGAGUGCUCGAGACUUCAGUUCAGAUGCCUCUACCUUCCGUGGCUUCGGUUGAAUGGAUGGAUCGUAAGGACAUGCUGGGAGGCUUGAGCAAUUCAUCUGCCAUAUCAGUUCCGGAUUUCUACAAUGAUGAGAACCAGUCUCUGAGGUCGAGCAGAUUUAGUCAGGACUUGACAGAAGAGGACUUCGGACAGCAGGUUAAGCAGCCACGGAUUAGUGUAGGGGAUAAAUUUCAGAGACGGCAAUCUCGACAAACCUUCGAAGGAAAUUCUACGCAGGAUUUGUUUGGUGAUGGUUUCUACCACCAACUGAAGCAGGCUAGGUUCAGCGUAGGAGAUGGGCGUAAGCAGCAGGUUCGACAGUCGGGGCGGAGCGCAGAUGGGGCCAGCCAUGACAGGUCGAGUCAGGACGUGUUCAGCGAUGCAUUCUACCAACAGCUCAAGUACUCACGGAACCUUGGAGGGGAGGCAUUCAAGGCGGUUCGACAAUCGCGGCAGAGUGGCGAAGGAUUCUACCAGCCGAUCGUGCGGUCCUCUCAAGCGUUUCUCCAGCAGUUGAGGCAGUCGCAAUUCAGCAGCAAAGACGGGACAGGGCAGCUGAGCAGGAUGUCAUCUCAGUCCAAUCACAGUGAAGGUAUUAUUCGAGACUCCCUUCAAGGCAGGAGCCAGGAUUUUCCCGCAUCUGCGGGUUAUGCUGACGUGACGAUCGACUGGAGAAAUGGGUUGCCUGACUCAGAAGCAUCCAGCGCGAGGCAGAGUCCAGAGGAGGGGAAGACUGAGGAAUUUGUUGCUGGCUCUAUCUCGUUCGGUUCAUCUUGGGUGCCGCCAGCUCAGGAGCGACGCAUGAGUGGAGGUGCUAAGACGUGGUAUGCUCCAGACCCUACGUGGUAUGGUUUCAGUCCCAUCACACCCGAGUUCCACAGAGCGUCUCAGCUUCCAGAAGGGGGUUCCAAGCUCAUCGAUGCUCUAGUGGCAGGAUCCGUGAGGCGUCGAAUUAUGACCGACCAAAGUGUGUCUGACGGAGAUCCAGAUCUGCCAAAUAAAUCGCUGAUACAAAGCUUGCAAGCUCUGAAUGUGGACGGCUCCUUGAACAAAAGUCUCCAAUCCCGCAGCUCCCGAGGUUCACAAGAAGCUCCAUCUUUACCUUUUUCGUUUUCCACGAGGAGAAGUUAUGCCAACAUAGCUGAGCUCGAAGCUGAGCAGGGCUCCGACCCCAUGGAUAAUUAUAUGUGCCAGACAGCUUCGCCCAUCGAGCCUCUACUGAAUGACGAUAUAGUGUGCCAGGGUACUUCACCUGUUCAAGCUGAUGACGUGAUGUGCCAAACUGCUUCACCCCUGCACGAAGACAGUAUGAUCGGUGAAAAUGCCUCACCUCUGAACAGUGAUGACACGAUCUGCCAAACCGCGUCUCCGAUCAAUGAAGUGUGCUGCCCAACAUCCCUGAGUAUCGAUGCAAGCAAGUGGGGUGAACUUGAGAACGAUGAGAACAGGUGGGAAGAAGCGGAUGACAGCGAAGACGGGGUGGAGUAUGCUUCGCCAGUUGCUGGAGACUACCUAUCUCCUGUUAAGCCCCCCUCCCAGUGUGCUUCACCUGAAAGGAGCACCAAAACGAUGGAUUGCAAUGAAUCCAACAGGGGUGUAAGGGCGUCACGCAGGACCAGCAUGAGCAGAACUCUCGAGGAGUUGAUGCGCCAUAAUCUACACCUGUGAUGGUCCUCAAGCCCAUGGAACUGAUGGAUGUGACCCCACAACUCGAUGGGGACUGAAGAAUUCCACCUCCAUGUAUCUGACAGCAUGGCAUUUGUUAAGGUAGCAGCGUCAUGAAACCGAAUUUUGUGGAUUCGCAACCAUUAAUUUUGUAGAAGCUCAGAUCAGUCUGCUGGACAGCUCGCGCCCGGAGUCCUGGGUAACAUCGUGUUUCCCAUGCUCCAUUCCGGUUCCUUCGAGCUGUGGGUGUAGUAUCGUAAGAGAAAAAUAUUUGGUCGAGUUUUCUUAGGAACCCACUUGAAGCUUGCAGUAUUAUGAUAUGUUUUAUGAUAGACUUACACAGGCAGUGUAUACAGGAUGGUGCAUAGCAGGAAAGUUGUCUUGGUUGGAACCAGAGAUGGUAUGGACCAAACAUUUAGUUGGAAAGUAAACGCUGGAUUUGGUGUAAGUUGUAGCCUCGUUAGUUGUAAGGAUCCUGUCGGAGGCUGCCUCAAACUCUUUUCUCAUCCGUCGAACUGAAACAGAUGAGACAAACAGAAAGCGAUACAGAGUAGCAAGUAGUAAGUUAAUCCUACAAGAGUGAAGAUAUUGCUUUGCACAUCUCAGCAAAGCAAGGCUUUAACUUUGUCUUUAGAUGUGUUUUUCCUUGUCAAGCUUCAUAAAUCCUGGAGGUUUGAGAAAAUAAAGGUUUCAAAAAUCAUCCGCC